GUGUUUCUCUCUGUUUUAGUAAUGGUUAAUGGCGCGAGAGGUUCAACUCUUGCAGUAAAACACUAGCUCCCAUGAAUCACUUCCAUCUCCGGCGAUUUUUCCUUCACCGUGAGAGAGGGGGAAGCAGUAAGGAAGACGAAGAAAUUGGUCAUAUGGUGGAUCCAAAGCAGGGAAAGACACCGAAGCUCGAUCGACGCAACGCACUCAAGCACAUCAACUACGACGCCUUGGCUUCGUCUUCUUACUCUUCUGCGUCAUCAUCAGAGGAUUCUUCCUCAGCUUUUCGAACUCGAUCGCUUGAUAUCAUACCUCCGGACACUAGCUUCCGAAUUGAAGGCAUAGAGUCUAUCGAUCGGCUCUACGAGACUCUAGGGCUUUCAUGUCCUGAGGAUUUCGGUAUUCCGGCAGAUGCUUGGGAGGUGAGGAAAGCUAGGUCUUCCUCUGAUAUACUCCCCAUGUCUCGAUUGCGGGAAAUCGACAGUCCAACUAACCGGGAGGAGGCACCCGAAGCUGGGAUUAGGGUUGACGAUGAGACGCCAGUGUCACUUGAGCUUGCUCCGUCAAACGAGUUGGAGACUGUCUAUAGUUCACCACAUGUUAGGUCUUCCGGAGGGGGUGGCGCCGCCGCGGUAGAUGGUGGAGGGAUUAAGGGAACUCGUCCGCCGGUGCUUGCUCCGCCGCCUUCAAGGCGUCGGUAUGUCGAUGUCAUGUGUUCGGCUUCGACGUGGGAUAUAAUAGGGUCUUUUGCGCCCGAUGAGGAGAGGGGUUCGUCUUCGCGUCCGGUAAUGAGAGUAGAUUCGAGCUCGUAUGAUGAAGAGGAUGGGGUGAGUGGAGAAGGUCAGGAGGUUAAUGUUAUUGUUGUUGGGAGAGAAGUAGAAGAAAAUGGAGUGAUACUUCGGAAUACCACUGUUAUGUCGGAGUCACCUUCAUUUUCGACAUCGAACGAUGAGGAUUGUUCGAGCUCGACCACAGAAACCACGUAUACAAUUUCUCCUAAUGGUAGUUUCAGACGAAGCAUCACGUCCUGGCAACGAGGUCAUGUUCUGGGAAGUGGGUCCUUCGGGACUGUGUAUGAAGCGUUCACAGAUGAUGGAUUCUUUUUUGCUGUAAAAGAGAUUUCUUUGGUUGACCAGGGUCCCCAGAGCAUUCAUCAGCUUGAGCAGGAAAUUGCUCUUUUAAGGGAGUUUGAACACGAUAAUAUUGUUCAAUACCUUGGAACAGACAGGCAUGAAGGAAAACUGUAUAUCUUCCUCGAACUUGUAACACAAGGUUCUCUUGUAAAAGUCUAUCAAAAGUAUCAUCUUGGAGAUUCCCAAGUCUCAGCCUACACGAGGCAGAUCCUUAGUGGUUUGAAAUAUCUUCAUGAACGUAAUGUUGUUCACAGAGAUAUCAAAUGUGCUAAUAUUUUGGUGCAUACAAGUGGAUCUGUGAAACUUGCAGAUUUUGGAUUGGCAAAGGCAACCAAAUUAAAUGAUGUGAAAUCCUGCAAAGGCACUGCAUUCUGGAUGGCUCCUGAGGUUGUUAAACGAAAUACACAUGGCUAUGGACUUCCAGCUGAUAUAUGGAGCCUUGGUUGCACAGUGCUAGAGAUGUUAACGCGUCAAGUUCCUUACUCUCCAUUAGAAUGGAUGUCAGCAUUAUUUAAGAUUGGUAAGGGAACACCACCACCUAUUCCUGAUUUUCUAUCAAGAGAUGCUCGGGAUUUCAUCCGCCAAUGCUUACAAGUUAACCCAGAUGACCGGCCCACUGCUGCUCAGCUCUUGAACCAUCCAUUUGUGCAGAGGUCUCUGUCUGCUUCAUCAGUUCCAGGAUCUCCUUCACCUCAUAACAGCAGAUGGUCUAUGAUGGCCCGAGCAGUUGAGAGAGCUCAUUCUCCUGAUGUUCUAAUGGUGUUGAGUGAUUCUUCUCCUUGUUCUGCUGGGUCGAGUUUUCGGGAACUAGAUGAUGUGUUCUUGCAGACUCAGGCCAGAAUCUGGCUUGGAGAAGUCCUGCACACAAGGCUGGAUGAAGAGACAGUCAUUGCUGAUUUACUUGCUGACGGGAAGUUGUUGUUUCAAGUGUCUAGAGUAAUAACAAAAAUGCUUCUGACAAAGCGUAUGGAGCUAAGAUAUUCAAAAGCCUAUAUAUAUGAACCAAAAAUUUCUGGAAAGUGCAGUGGGAGGUAUAUGCCUUAUGCCAAUGUUGACUCAUUUUUGAAGAUCUGCCAAAUCCUGGGAUUGACUGGUGUUGACCUCUUCUCCGCAUCAGAUGUGGUAGAGAAAAGAGAUAUUCGAAGAGUUUGUAUGUGCAUUCGUGCACUCUCAAAGAAAGCAAGAUCUAAGCAUUUAAUCGUUCCAGAUUUUGAUAUUGUUACAUAUACCAUAGCCAUGCCUACAGAUAUGGUUGGGUGCAUCCGCAGAAGCCUGGAGCGAUCACAGCAUAGUGCUUCAAGCUCUAGCGGUAGCAAUCCAUGCAUCAACUCAAAGGUCAAGUACAGACAGCAAAACCAGAAUGAAGAUUAUGCCAGGUCAUAUGAUUCAUUUUCUGAAGAGUCUGAUGAUGCAGAAAGUGAUUUUAGGAUAUUUGGAUUUCAAAGUCCAGAUUCAAAUGCUUCAAAUACUGCUACCCUGUUUUCGAAUUUAGAGAGAUCACUAGGAGUUUCAGAGGUUGUGGAAGACUGUUUUUUAACAAAAACUGUACUCGUGUUAGAUGCUGAGGAUCAAGAGGUAGAUGGACAUAAUAGCCAAUAUGAUCUAGUCUCUGUAAUGGCAUCAAUGGGUUCUCUUAACACAAACCGCCAAAAGAAUGUUAACCCAGAGUUCUUCAGUAUUCACCCAGAUGCUACAUUAAACCAUCUAUGCAUUGAACCUCCGAAUGAGCUAAAUGCAGGGGAAUUGUACAUAAACAGGAAAGGGGUAGGGCAUCCUAUGUGUACCCUGGAAAACAGUUCAGUGAACUUUUGCCAUGUCACAACUCCUGCUUCUGUUGUAGCGGAUUCUAUGGAAACAAACACAUCAAAAGGGGGAUAUGCUGGUUGGCAGUCUGACAUUUCAGAGCUAAACAGUCACAGAACUCACAGUUGUGAUUAUGUUUGGUCUGAUGGGGAAGGGAAGGGCAGGAUAUUUAUGAUUGAUAAUGGAUCAAGCUCCAAUCACAGGGCUUCAAAGUAUGAACUUGGUAGGAGAUUAUCUGAUGAGAUGGAAGAUGCUGAGGUGUCCUCCACGGCCAGUCUGAACUCUGCUUCAAGUAAAGUGGUCACCGUAGAUUAUGAAGAUGGUUUUGAAGCGGAACUUGAUUUUACUAAUGAGAAAAUUGAUUCCCCUAAGUUUCAGAAUAUGGAAAAUGAUCAGAUGGAUGUGAGAUCUGUGAGUGGACUAAAAUUUUAUGAUACGGUUGAAUGUCAGAACCCUGACGAUAUACUAACACCAGAAACUGAUAGACCGCAAGGAAAUAUGAAAUGUGUUAAUAGUAUGAAUUCCGCCUAUGCUUUCCAACCAACUGCAGAUUGGAAAAGAUUCUUCACUAUUGGGGAUCAAAAUCAUGUCGGGACACAUGCUUAUGGCAUCAUGUAUGACAGAGAUUCAGCAGUUGCACAAGCUGACAAUAAGGUGCUAUUUAAUUUUAAUGCGACCUUAAACUCUGAAAAUGUCUCGAUCAAUGAGAACUGGAAUCAACUUGAUGAAGUUUUAUCAAGCCAAUCAGAUUCCCCCUGUAGUAUUCAGGCCAUAUGGAAUGAGAAAAACCACUGCUUGACGACUAUGGUAUCAGAGGGUAACAGUGUUGCAGCGCCUUCUGAACUUGUGAUGCCACAUGGUUUAUAUCCAAACUUAGUCUGCCACUCUCCUACAAUAGCUUCUGUAGAUGCCCUGCAGCUUGAUAAUUCUAAGUCCUUAGUUGUAGCUAAUACUGACGAGAUAUAUAUUGCCUCCAAAAAGGGUGCAGAUAUGGAUACGAAAAAGCACCUAAGCAUCUCUCUGUCAACAACCUGUUUUAGUAAAGAAACAGAAGUCUCAUCUGAAGCUUUAAGUGCAGGAUCCACUGUUGCUAGAAAUGAAAUGAAUCUAGAAGUGUUGGAAGUAGAGAACUUUUAUAAAUACUUAUUUGUAGAAAAUAAUUUAAACUGCUCCUUAAAGCAGAUGUUUCGAGAUGUUGUGGGCUGCAAAAAUACCUCAGAAGGAAAGGUUGUCUUGAAUAGGUUCUCCACUUCGACUGGAGGUGAAGAAAGGGAGCCAACUAGUCCUUCAAGUUUAGAAACAUUCUGUUUUCCACAAGUUAAUCCAUCAGGCAUAACAAUUGGAGAAGACAAUAUGUUGAAUGACAGGAACUCAAUCAGCACUGCAAUAUGGUGCCACAGAAGCUCCUUAUUUGACAUCAUUGCAACUCCAGAUCUGAUGAUACAUCAACAAGAUCUUGAUGUUUACUUGGACAAACACAUUGAACCUGUAUGUGGUGAUGCUCAAAGUGCAGAGUCAGAUAACUAUGGGCUGGAGAUAGAAAGGAUGAGUUCUCCUGUUGAAGUUAGGGAUGCCUGCUCCAAACAUUCAGAUGGUCUAGGAAUCAGAAAUAUUAGUUACCAAGAAAGACAGACCACCAUUACAGUUCUCGUGGAUAAACAUGCUGUUCAUACUAGUGAUGUUCCUGUGAGCCAAUCAAUGCUAACCCUCAACAACCAGCCCUACUCAUCAGUUGCAUGUUUGGAAGAAACAUUCAAAGAAGAAAACAGUGAAAAUAUUUUAGAGACUGCGUCACAAGUAGUGCAUGGAGCAUGUAUAAAUUGUGACAAGGAAGUUGUUUAUUGCACAAAACAGAUGGAUGAGGGCAAAGGGAAACAUGGAAAAUUGAACUCAAGGACAGUUGAGUGUCCAAGAGUGAGGGAGGGCAAACCAAGCAGAAAUUUAUUGUUGAGAUCAAUUGCUGGAGGAGUUACUCUUUUUGGUGGAAUUUUCUUCUAUCUUUACUUUAGGUACAGGAGAAAAGGUGGUAGAGAAAAAAUUGGCGAAACAAGUGUACCAUUUACACAAACUCGAAAUGCAAACUCUCCAGAGCUUUCAACAAGGAAGGCUCGAAAGAGAGAUGGAACCAAUAGGGUUUAUCCUGAAGACAGAUUGAGAUUUCAAGAUUAGAGAUAGAAUUACAGAGUACAUACAUAUAAGGAAGAGAUACAGAUGGUAAAGUUAUUCAAUUCAGUGGUCAGAGUAAGGUUGGAACAGAUUGUUAAUCAUUAG